AGCCCAAUCUCACCCGAAGACUAUCGUUUGAGUUAGCCAAUACAUCGGUCCUAGCCGCAAGCUCUCGUACCCAUCACAACACACAGGAUGAAGGUCUCCGGCGUUGUUUGCUUUAUGGCCGCAGCUGGCGCGGCCAACGCUUUCGUUGCGCCCUCCGCAACUCGUCUCGGUGCCGUGACACGGGGGGAGUCGUCUUUGAACAUGGCCGUAAAGAAGCCGGCGAAGAAGGAGGAGUGGGUGCCGGUACUCAAGACGUCAGACAUCGCACCGGGAGAGCUCGUGGGCGUCACCCAGGACGGGCAGGAACUGCUCAUCGCCGCCGACCUCAAGGGCUCCAUCUACGCCACCGCCAACAUCUGCCCGCACUUGGGCACGCCGUUGGACCAGGGCAGCAUCAACGCCGCGGGCGCGCUCGUGUGCCCGUUGCACAAGUCGGCGUUUUCCCUGGAGGACGGUAAGUUGGUCGGAGACUGGUGCCCAUUCCCCCCCGUCCUCGGCCCCCUGGUGCUCGGCCGGCUGGAGCCCGCUAAGGACCUCGCCGUCUUCCCCGUGCGCGCCAGCGGCGGAAACAUCCAGGUCCUCAUCAACCGGAACCUUAAGCAAGAGUUCGAGUCCAAGUACUGGACGGGUCUCCUCGACGCGCAGGGCAAGGCCUCGGGCGACUACUACUGAACAGCGACAACUCGACGAAUAGAUGGGCAAGAGCGAGGGCAACGCGCGGCGUGCGAAAAAAGCACCGAUCGCUGCGUGUUGAUGGGCUAGCCAUCUCACACGGGGGUAGAAGGGGCUACUUCAUAUGUUGUGUCCAGUUGUUUUGCUUUUUUUUUUCCAGUAUGCAAAAAUGUUAUUUCGCGGCUCGGUUCCCUGUUGAACCCGACCGGCUUUAGACUGGGACUUCUCGAGCCUUGCAGGCAGUCGUGGAUGUCGAUUGAGCUAUCCUGUUGCGAGCGUCGGAUCUUUUGUUCUCUGUGCAGCGACUCAGUUGCUCGCCAACGUGGUUUCCACGUUCCCGCCGAGUGUUAACUGCGCAGUUAAACGUGGCCAGCACGGCUGUGUUUGCUAAGCUAAACGUGUGACAUAGCGCGUUGCUUGAGUUGGAAGGUCACACCUGUCUUGCAUUUAUUCGCGGGAGUGGCCUUGAGGGAUGUGCAAGAAAAAUGGAUUUCAUCAUGUACCCGAGUGUGUCUCUCGCGCGGGGUGUGUGUGGCGCGUUUAUUGUGUGGGUUAGCCUUGACUUAGAAAAUGACUCGGCGCGAUUUUAGAGUUAGCCCGAAUUCUUUGUUUUUUUCUGAGAGGAUGAUUUUCUUGCGUGAAUAAGAAACGGAAGCAGCGAAGCUAACAGAAAAAACGCUGGCGGUCGGUCGGUCGAUUGUGCUUACACAUGCCAUCCGUUUAAGCGGCUCUUUGAUGCGCGCACCCACCUGUGUCGUCAGCGUGUAUGUAUGAACGAUGCGCGAGCUCGUCUCGUGUUCUUAUGCUGCCAGGGUGUGGCGUGCGUCGCCCCUCUUGAGCUUUUGGAACCAACGUCGGCGUAUGUAGGGUCUUACUGUGGGUCUUGUUGGAUUUUACGGCAUCAAAUCAUCGCAAUCAC